CCGCAUUGCAUUGUGGAGUGGCGGCGGGGGUGGCGGAGGGAGCGUUGGUCCCCAGCUGCGGACCUAGGCGGGGCUGAAGCAAUGGCUUCCUGGAACUGUCUUUCGUCCAGCAUCGUAGAGUAUUGCGAGGGCGCGGACUUCUACUGCUGUGGCUAUUGCAAGAACCUCGAGGGUAGUCGCUCCAAUGGCAUGUGGGCACAUUCCAUGACAGUACAGGAUUAUCAGGAUCUUAUAGAUCGAGGAUGGCGAAGAAGCGGGAAAUAUGUGUACAAGCCUAUCAUGAAUCAAACAUGCUGUCCUCAAUAUACAAUAAGGUGCCGACCUUUACAGUUUCAGCCGUCAAAAUCUCACAAGAAAGUUUUAAAAAAAGUGUUGAAAUUUCUGGCUAAAGGGGAGAUUCUCAGAAGAAAUUGUGAGGACGAGCCCAUGGAUUCCACAAUGGAAGAUUCUGUUGCGGGUGACUUUGCAUUAAUAAAUAAAUUGGAUAUAAAGUGUGAUCUUAAAAUGCUCAGCAGUGAUCUCAAGGAGAGCUUAGAGAGUGAAGAGAAGAAGAAAGAAAAAAACUCCAAGACAGAAGAAUCUAAUGAAUUAACUCAUUCACAAGCUAUAGAAGAUAAGUUGGGCUCUGGUGAACCAUUACAUUCAAUUAAAGUUCAUAUGGUUCCUAAGCCAGGCAAAGGGGCUGAUUUGAGUAAGCCUCCAUGUCGAAAAGCCAAGGAAAUCCGAAAAGAAAGGAAAAUGUUAAAACUCAUGCAGCAAAACCCAGCUGGAGAAUUUGAGAGUUUCCAGGCUCAAGGUCAGCCACCAAAGGCUAAAUCCAACCAGCCCAAAUCACUUGAAGAUCUAAUAUUUGAAUCUUUGCCAGAGAAUGCAUCACACAAGUUGGAGGUGAGGGUGGUGAGAUCAUCUCCACCAAGUUCUCAAUUCAAAGCCACAUUUCAGGAGUCUUACCAGGUCUAUAAACGUUACCAGAUGGUUAUUCACAAGGACCCACCUGAUAAACCAACUGUGAGCCAGGUGAGGUUAGUACCUGUCUCCUUUGAGGAUCCAGAGUUCAAGUCGUCCUUCAGCCAGUCCUUUUCUUUAUAUGUCAAGUAUCAAAUGGCCAUACACCAGGAUUCACCUCAUGAAUGUGGGAAGACCCAGUUCACAAGGUUUCUUUGCAGUUCACCUUUGGAGGCAGAGAAUCCCCCUAAUGGACCAGAAUGUGGUUAUGGCUCCUUUCACCAGCAGUACUGGCUUGAUGGAAAGAUUAUUGCUGUGGGGGUGAUCGACAUCCUUCCAUACUGCGUUUCCUCUGUAUAUUUGUACUAUGAUCCUGAUUAUUCAUUUCUCUCCUUAGGUGUCUACUCUGCAUUACGAGAAAUUGCUUUUACUAGACAACUUCAUGAGAAAACAUCUCAGCUCAGCUAUUAUUAUAUGGGUUUCUACAUUCAUUCAUGUCCCAAGAUGAAAUAUAAGGGUCAGUACAGACCUUCGGAUUUGUUGUGUCCUGAGACGUAUGUUUGGGUACCCAUCGAGCAGUGCCUUCCUUCACUUGAAAACUCCAAAUAUUGCCGUUUCAACCAGGACCCAGAAGCAGUGGAUGAAGGUCGCAGUAAGGAACCUGACCGAGUGCGGGUGUUUCACAAGAAAGCCAUCAUGCCUUACGGUGUUUAUAAGAAACACCAAAAAGACCCAAGCGAGGAGGCCACUGUGCUGCAGUACGCAAACCUGGUGGGGCAGGCGUGCUCCGAGAGGAUGCUGCUGUUCAGAAACUGAAGCGAGCACUGUGCCUCCUGCUGGGGCCUUGAGCCCUGUGCCUGGGGGAGAGGCUGCAGCCACCCAUGAAGUAGACUUUUCCAGUUUCACUGUUCUACAGCAUUUCUAAAAUAUUUUGUGGCAAUGUAUUAGUGAGAAUCUCAUGGUUAAUAUAAAGAGUUUAAAAAUAUGUUAUGACCUGGGCCUGUAACUGGGGUUUGUCAUUUUGAAAGUUUGUAGAGCAAAACAUGCUAAACUUCUCUAGUUAAUAUUUUGGGAAGUAAAAUUAAGAUGUGACCCUAAGUAAUAUAAUCACAGUCAUGCUCUUAUUGCUCUGUUAGAGAAAUUGAAGCAGACUUUCCUCAGAUCCGUUAAGACAGUGGUUUAUCCUGGGAAACUUAAAGUACAGGGAAGAAGGUGGAAAGUAUGGUUCAUCACUUAGAAAAUAUGUCUUCACUAGAGAGCAAAACUGUGCUGUCACUCAGUGUUCAAUAUUAAAUUGCUGCCAAAUGUUAUGUUGUGUAGUUUAAUAGAGAAUUUGAAAAAGAAAAUGCAAACAUAAUAAAGAGAGCUUGUGUUUGUAUCGGGUGUCCCUUUGUCCAGAAGGUUCUGUUCAUGUCUGUCUUCUUGACAUCAUUUUCCCCUAGAAUAAUUGCUACUAGUGCUACCAUUUACUUUCAAAAGUAUCUCAGUUUGGGGGCUGGGGAUUUUAGCUCAGUGGUUCCACCACCUGCCUGGAAAGCGCAAAGUUCCGAGUUUGAUCCCUGGUACCAAAACAACAACAACAGCAAAGUAUCUUAGUUUGGACAAUAAAAUGUGUAAUUACUCCAGUGACAUAUUAUUUGUUCUAUUUCUAAAAAUUUAAGAAACAAUAUUUUAAAGAAAAAUAUUAAGUGCUGCCGUGAUCUAAGCUCCAUCUAAAAGAAAUAGGCACUAAUUUUUCAUUCCUUAGAACUCAGGACACUUGUCUUUUGUUACUGAUAAAAACAAGUUAAUACCUGACUGCUUUUGUAGCUGUGCCACAAAUCACACUGAAGUCAGUAGAAGUCAUUCUGACCCAGGGCAAGAGGUGGUCUUUUGAUUGAGAGUAGGUGCUGUCCUUGGUAACAUGCAGCAGAGCCAAGCCCCCUUUCCCUCUUUCUCUUUGUUCAACAAAUACCUGUUUAACAGGCCUGGGGCCCCUGGGCUAGGUGUCAGUUUAGAAUCAGUCAUACCAGUGCUUGGUCACAGUCAGGUUGUGUUGUAAACAGGUUGAAGAACAGAGGAAGGCUGAUUUCUUGCAUUCUCUUUCUCACUUGGUCCUUUCUGCUGCCACCUGCUUAGCCACUUACUUCACUAUAGUCCCCAUUUUACCCAUUCUUAUGUUUUCUAUUGAUUGAUCUUUUAGAAACCAUAUUAUAAAACUACCGAUUUUAAACUUUUUUCCAAAAGGGACUGAAUUUCAAUAAAACAUUAAACAAUAACCUUCCCUUUGUUAGAACACAUUGAAGGAUCAUAAAACAAAGAUUUAAAAAAUGAACUGUCUGUAAAUUGAACUGUGCAUAUUCAAUCCAUGGCAGAAGGAGACACCUACCAUGUGCCAAAAACUUUAGUAACUGGAGAUAGAAGACUGAAGAAAAACAUUUUCUCUCUUAUUACAAAGAUUCUAUGUUUUUGAGAAUUUUGACCCAUAAAGUAGUCUCUCAAGAGUAUUUAAGAGUCUUAACUUGGAACUAUCUCCAGAAUCUGUAGAACUUUCUUUUUCUCUUGAAAAUGAACAUCGUUUCACUGUGAUUUUUAUAUAUAAAAAUAAUACUGUAAGCAAUUAAAACAUUAAGAAAGUAAAAGUUAUCUGAAAUCAUACCAUACCCAGAGAAAUAAAGAGAACUAUUAAUGACAUCCCUCAUAAUUUUAAUAUAAAUAAAAUUAUGCUGUGCUUUCUGUUUCCAUAAUAAGUUAUGGAUAUAUCUGAAAUUUGACAGAAAUUUCAAAGUAAGAUUGCAAAGAGAGUGGUAAAUACUCUUAGCAUUAUUAAAAUAAUUCUAGGAUAGGGUCCAUGCUUAGCAUCUUUGAUACUGGAUGUCUAGGUUGUGGUCACCUGCAUUUCAUCUGGCUCUCAUCUUUGUGACUAACAUCUAGACGAGUGAGUAUUUAUAAAGAUGGAGAGAAAACUUGAAUCUAGCAUCUUACCAGAACUCUAGUUUCUUCCUUCAGAAUUCAGUUUUGGGUUCCUUCAGAGGAGGAUGAUCGGACUUCUAGAUUGGCUCCAGCAAAACCGCGCAGUGACUUGGGCAUGGAAAUUCUUCCACUCAAUUGCUAUAUUGAUACAAAAGUUCUUUUGAGACUAGUGGAUUCUAGCAGUCCAGGUGUCUUCAGGGAUACUUAUUUGUUCUCUCAAGCCCUCCCUAAAUGAAUGCUGAUAGCAGCUGGAGAAGAACAAUCACCAGAAGUGGCCCAGCUUUGUCAGUUGCUGAGCAGUGUAGCUGAGACACCUGAUUUCAUAGUAAUGGCCUUUAUCUAAAGGAAAACAUGAGAACCUUAUAAAGACAGUUUCUAUCUUUUCAAGGCAGGAAGCUUUGCAUUUGCAAACUUAGUGUUUUAUUUUCCUUCUGAUUUGAAUAAAUUCAAACGUGCCUCCAUGCCUUGGAAGCAAAGAUGUAAUCUUGAUUCCCCAGGCUGUCAUCUUUACUUAAAUUAUUUCAGUUCUGUGAGGUCUUAGUUAUUUUUGUUAAAUGUAAUAUGAGCACUUUUUUGUGCUCUUAAAGAGAGGCUAUUACCAGAUGAAUAUAUUAUUCAUUUGAUUGAAAUCAUUUAGAUAAGAAAUUAUUACUGUUUUCUUUCAAACAGCAUAUCCUAUUUUUCAUCCACUUUGCAAAUACUAGUUUUGUGUGAUUUCUUAACAUCACAAUCUUAUUGUGUAAAAGAACCUUUCCAGAAUUUUGAGCAGUGAAAGAUUUGAUUUUUAUAGACUGUGUUAUGUCAGUAUGAAUAAAGGUGAGAGAGAAUAAAUACAUUUAUUAUUAUUAAAUGUAUCUAUUAUUGCUAACAAAGUGGAAACAGUUUGAAUUACAAGUUACUAAAAUGUGUAUUUUUCUAAAGAAAACCAGUGACUAGGACAAAACAAGUUUGAUUGCAUGUGUUGUUUUUGUUUUGUUUUUUGUUUUACUCUUGUGUAUGCUUUUUGAACAAUCCAUUUGAUAAAGCUUGAAUGGAAAAAAUAAAGCAGUUCCUGUCUGCAA